AUGCCACUUCGGACAUCCUUGUACAGAAAACCAUCCUCUGCUCGUUGGUCCAGCAGAAACUCAAAACGCAGAGAGGUGCUGUCUGUCAAUAUGAUCAGUCUACCACUGGCUGAUUUCCGCCACAUCUCACAUAUUGGAAACGAUGCUCAUGCAGACAGCUUUGGAGACCUGUCCUUCCUAAAGAUGGGCCACAGUCUGCUUCUGCAAAGCUCCCAGAGUGAGCAGAACCUCUUUCUGGCCUGCACUCCACCACCCAAACCCCCUCGUCUGAAUUUGGAUGAGGCAGAUGGUUCAGAGAGUCCUGACUGGUCAGUGGGCCAUCAGCACAAUGCCUCACAGAAGAGGAAGAAAUGCAGUUCUAUGCCACUGCUCGAUGACAACGGAGAUAUGGAAAAGGAGGAUGGGUACCAAAGAGGGAAUCAGACUCACAGCUUUGGACGGGGCAGCCUGAGUUCAGACAGGGAUGGAGACUCCACUGUAACCUGUGACAAACCUGCUGGACAGCAAAGGGAGGAGGACAGUGGUUUUUCCUUUAGCCUUGACCUGGGUCCUUCAAUCCUGGAUGAUGUUCUCCAGGUGAUGGACAAACUCCAACAAUAA